UAAGGCGUACCGAGGCAAGUGGUGACGUAAGGCUCAGUCAGUUAGGUUAGUAAGUUAACACACUACGUUAAGUAACCUGAGCAUCCUUGACUUUGGUGUAAUUAGCUAUAUAUAGACAAAUGCUGAAUCACAAUAGCUAGCCAGAGUGCGACAACCAAGAGUAUGAUAAACCAAACUGCUGCUGAAAGUGAUGAAUGGUUGGACUGUAAAACUUAGCCACCCCCAGCCUCAGUCUCACCGUCGGAGAGCGGCUGCAAGCUAACGCGAAGCUAGGCAAACAUUCCUUGACUAACCGGAUCCGAUGACAGAGGUUAACUCAUCUUGCUGCUCGCUGGCCAUUGACGCGGUGGCUGUGAACUAGCGCUGCUGUCACAAGUCAAUGUAUACAAGUGACAACAGAAGCUGUGUCGUUAGUUUGAGAUAAUGUCAGCUAGCUGCGGCGGGCGGCGUUAGCUUUAGCAAAACAAGAGCCGUGCUUGAAGCAGUCAGCUGACAGUCUGCUGUAAGCUGCCAAUAGACCAGUGAUGGAUCAACUCAAAGUAAAGGAUCGCAUAUUGGAAAACAUCUCCCUGUCCGUCAAGAAGUUGCAGAGUUACUUCGCAGCCUGUGAAGAUGAGACUCCCGCCAUCCGAAAUCAUGACCGGGUCCUGCAGCGUCUGUGUGAACACCUUGACCACGCUCUGCUGUAUGGGCUGCAGGACAUCUCCUCAGGCUACUGGGUCCUGGUCCUUCACUUCACUAGGAGAGAGGCUGUCCGACAGAUAGAUGAGCUUCAGCACAUUGCAACCAACCUUGGUCGAAGUCGUGCAUGGUUGUACCUGGCAUUGAGUGAGAGCUCUUUAGAGAGCUAUCUACGCCUUUUCCAGGAGAACCAAGCAUUACUGCAGAAGUAUUACUUCAAGAAUGCACUGGUCUGCAGUCACGACCACCUCACACUCUUCCUCACACUAGUGUCCGGCCUGGAGUUCAUUCGCUUUGAUCUGGAGCUGGAUGUGCCCUAUCUGGACGUGGCCCCCUACAUGCCAGAAUACUACAAACCCCAUAACCUGCUGGACUUUGAGGAAAGGCUGCCCAGCUCAGACAGCUUGUCCCUGCACUCCUUCACUUCCCUCACCUCCACUAACCUGGAGUGGGAUGACAGCGCCAUAGCCCCCUCCAGUGAAGAUUAUGAUUUCGGUGACAUCUUCCCCGUGUUGCAGUCAUUGCCAAGUGCAGACUGGGAAGAGGGUGAUCUGACCGACCAGGCCAGCUGCCCGCGAUCCAGUGGCUCUGAUCCCCAGACAGUCAUCAGCGAUACGGUGGUCCUUUCUGCCAGCACUGUUAAGGGGAAGGUGGCAGCACAUCUUUCUCCACACAGCCCCACAUCCAGGCACAACCCCUUCAAUGAGGACUCAGACACCAACACCUCAGCCGACGUCACGCCGGUUCAUGUGGCCAGCCGCCAAAACAACGGCACCACCACUGGAGAUGACAUGGAGAACGCCAGCAAUGAGCUGGAAGUCAUCAGGAUGGCCAGACGAAGGAAACCAGCCAAAAAGCGACGAGGGAAGGGCUCCACAGAUUCCAGCAGCAGCCUCCAUAACUCUGUCUCCUCCGAGCACAUGGAAAUGGAAAACAGCCUCCUGGCCUCAGACGAUGUGGAUUCGUUAAACGGCACUGUAAUUCACCUGGAUGCUGAGGCAGAGUUGAGGAGAAGCAGGGUGGGAUCAGAGGUUGUGGAAGAAGGAGAUGAGGACGGAUUAGAAGGCCUCCUGCGGCUCCCGGAAAUGACGGACACCUCCAUGGACACGGUGGGCCAACCCCUCCGUGAUGUCAUGGACCGGCUCAAUGGGGCUCUGGAUAGGGAGGAGGCCUGGGAGCACCCUGAGGAGGGGGGGGAGAAAAACAGUAAAGGCUGUGACAAAGGCCCCGAACCCCCUGCACAGCAGCCCUUUCGAGAGGAUUCAGGGGGCAAGCCACCUGACCGAGCCCCCAGAGAGAUGUCUCUCACCCCUCUGGCCACGAGCCCCAACUUCCUGCAGGCCUCUCCUGCGCCUGCAGACUUAUGCUGCUUUACCGCCUUCAGUCCAGACUCUACUCCCACGGGUCGUGGCCACUAUGACUCUUCAGAGCAUAGCCAGUCACAGACUCUUUCAGGUGGCCUUGAAGGUGAAGGAGAGGCAAAAGCAGCAGCAGGACAGGAGCCAGACGUGAAAACCGGGGAGGAAGACGCAGUAGGAGAUGAAACGGACAAGAAUACUGUUACUGAGGAAGCGGAAGAACUACAAGAGGAGCUUAGUCCCUCUGAAAUUUCUCAUCCUGCAGAGUUUAAAGUGGACAACAAUCAUUUGCUUCUUCUCAUGAUUCAUGUGUUCAGAGAGAAUGAAGAGCAGCUGUUCAAGAUGUUGAGAAUGAGUACAGGCCAUAUGGAGGGGGACCUGCAGCCACUUUACUUGCUGCUGACUGACUGUUACAUCUACCUGCUUAGGAAGGGUGCAGCAGAGAAGCCCUACACAGUAGAAGAUGCUGUUUCUUAUAAUGAGCUGGACUAUCUUUCAGUGGGCCUUGACCAGCAGACAGUAACGGUGGUUUGCACCAACAGACGAAGAAAAUUCCUGUUGGACACAGCUGAUGCCUCUCUGACUUUGUGGUUCUUGUCUGUUCUCAAGUCAGCCAUGGUGAAGGGUUGUCGUGAGCCUCCUUACCCCUCUGUUCUGACUGAUGCUACCAUGGAAAAACUGGCUCUCACUAAGUUUGUCUCCCAGGAAUCUCAGUGUGAGGUUUCUGAAGUUUCUAUCCAACUGUAUUCACUGGUCCACUGGGAGGAUCCAAUGGACAUGACUCUGUCACCCCAGGGUGGCCCAUCAAGGUCUGGAGUACCUUCCAGCACCAAAGAGGGGACUGUGCAGUACCGGGCUGGAUCCACCUACCUGGGAAAAGAGCUGUGGAAAAGCUGCUACCUCGUCCUCAGCAAUGGGAUUCUGUACCUGUAUGCAGAAAGAAUUGAUGUGACACCUGUGAUGUCAGUCACUAUGGGAGGAGAGCACUGUGGAGGCUGCCGUCGCUCAAAUAGCACAGAGCGUCCCCACGCUUUCCAGGUCAUCCUGACAGAGCGGCCUCCGCUGGAGCUCAGUGCCAGCAAUGAGCAGGACAUGGCUGAUUGGAUGCAACUGCUCUGCCAGUCCGUCUCCAAAGGGGUCAUCCCUCAGGGUGUGGCCCCGACUCCAUGUAUCCCAUGUUGCCUAGUGGUGACAGACACGAAGCUGCUAACUUGCCAUCAGGACUGUCAGACCAGUUUCUUCCGUUCGCUGGGCAGCGUUGAUAUCUGUGAUGUCACUGCCGUCAGCGUGGAGGCUGACAAGCAGUACUGUGUUAUUGAGUUUGCAGCAGAUCGGACCCAGUUCCUCCCUCCAUGGGUGCUGUAUUUCAGUGGCUGUGAGGAGAGAGACCGACUGUUGGAGGCAUUAGACAUCACAUGGAAGGCCAUUUUCCAGGUUGACCUCCCCCACAGAGAGGUGUUGGAUCCCUCUGUGCAGAAGCGCUGCCGUGAGGCCCUCGCCCUGAUGAAGAGUGCCUGGCAGAGAGCAGACAGUCUGGCCCGAGGCAGAGCCCAGCGUGAACCCUGGUGCUGACAGACACAAACAGGCACACAUACACUUACCUGUGGGUAGCCACUGACACAGACUGACCAUACCAGUCUGAUGUAGUUCCAGGAUAGAUGGAUUUAACUCAUCACAGUCACUGCAAACUGUUCAGAGUUCAAAGCUGAAAGACUGAGAUAAACCACAGCUUGUGAUGCACCGCUGAUUCGAUGAUGAAAUGUUUCUAUCAGACAAACGUCCUGCAGAAGUAGCAAUGCAUAUGGCACAUCAGAUUUUAUUGGAUCCUGGUGAUACAUUAUUAGCCAUUAUUCCUUCAUUAGUAGUUCUUAAGAAAUAGCAGAAAUGCAGAACAAAUAUGCUGAAUCAAGUAAAAGUUUGUGUCAAAUGUUCUCUAGGUGAUGAUGGAUAAAUGUACGCACAAACAGUAGUAGUGUCAUAGGAAUUCGUUGUGCAUUCAAAGAUAUCCUGCUGAACUGAGAUUGAGAAUUUUGUCUCAACAAAGUAAAUGUCAAAGUUUUCUUCAGAGGAGAAGCCACCUUAAAAUUAACACUGAUGUGCAGAUUUCCUCUUCGAAGCCUUGACUUCAAGAGGUGGACUGCAUAAUGAUAGAACCUAUUUAGUACAUUGAGGAAGCUGAGUUAGGAGAAAGACAAGGAUCCAUAACCAGCAGCUUCCCUGCACAGUGAAAUGAGAGAAUUAUUAUUUUUUCUUUAAAAAAUGAAUCUGGUGACAUAUAAGGAAAGCCAUAUAUGAAAGGGCAGUUGCUGCUUAUUUGCGACGUGGAAAAUCUUACACUCCUUGCCUUGCUUACAAAAUAAACCAGUAAUGCUCUCUGCUCACACAACUCGCACAACUGUGUGAAGAUAAAAGGCACUCUUUGCUUACUAACAGUUACAAGGCGUUCUACUGAACCCUAACUGGGGUACAAUUAUUGAGUAAAUGUACAGCGCUUGUACAGUAUCAGUGCAUAAUCACUGGUGGUUGUGUAUGUGUCUGAUAUUCAGCUUUGGUUCAUACCUCUACACUGAAUUAUUGUCACAUUGUACAUUAACUUAAGAGAAUGAGGAUCUCAAUAUGAAGGAUAUCUGGAUAUUUAACACUUGCACUGUUACAUGACAUGCUCAUGCCUGUGUCGUCUAUCUGAGACUUUACCAAUUCAAAUGUUGUCACGCAGAUAAAAAAAAAAACAUCAGGAAAUGCAACAGACUUGCCUUUUUCUCCACUCUGUAGAGACGGGUGGAGGCUUCCAUGCAGACUUGCACAUUGUUAGUCUUUUUUUUUAAUGGUACCAGUUGUGGUUUUGUGCUAAUAUCAUAACAUGUGCUAUGUUAUUUCCAUUUUAGAGAAAGUGGGAACAAUUGUUACUAAAUUAUUCAAUUGAGUGGUGACAUUUUAAUGGUAUUGACUUUUGUGUCUACAUUAGCAGACUUGUCCUUCCCCUUUAGUGUGGGUAAGUAUAACUAAAAAGAGUCCUCUACUAACUAGCGGCUACAAGUUAUCUUGGCUUGUCCUUUUUAUUUUGCACCAGUGGUUGGUGGCAUCAUACUGUACUGUCCAGUAAGAUCUGGCCAAUCCCACACUAAAUUAUAACAUCCCCUUCUGCACUUGUCAUCAUUUAGUGGUAUAGGACCAUGUUUGAAAGAUAUCAAAUCCUUAAAUAGCCUUUCACUUAGAGCAAGUGUAGUAUCUGUUCUUAGCAGAUUAGUGCUUUCAAAUAGCCUGUAAUAUCAUCCAUUAUUAAAGCUUUACUUGGGAAAGAAUAAGAAUUAGACCCCAAGCCAGACUCUUAGUUUCCCCACAAAUUAUGCAUGUGUUACAAUCUGCCCUUAACAUUAACACUGAUGAGUGUAUCGCUGCUCUGUUCGUGGCAGAGUGUACCUGCUCUCAUUGCGAGGCUGAGAUAAGUGUGAGGUUUGUUUUGCAAUGACAAUGUCGCCUUUUUGACAACAUCGACUGAACCGGACAAAAGGCCAAUUCUUUUUAAGUAAAUCAAGCACUAUUUUUUUCCUUUUUGUAGUUGCCUUACACUGCACAAUUUGGCUGAACUAAAACAAUCAUUUUAGUUCAUGUUCUAGUUUCUUUUGACAGACAAGUCAAAAUACCGGUAAGUGCUGUGUGUAGGGCUGGGUGUCAAACCUCAAUCCGCUCCGAUUACAGACAUAAUUGCGUCCUUAUUGAAUGUUGGCACAGAAUGCUUGCUCAUUGUCAUUUCGUUAUUCUCUGGGCAGAUAUUGCUGUUAAAAAUCAGUUUUGUAACAAAGUUAAGGUAUUGAAAAAAAAUACCAUUUUGGUAUUUUUACAAAAACUUGGGUAUUGAAUAGGCACCUGUAUCGAAAACCUUCAAAUGAUACCCAGCCCUGUACAUAUUUCACUUAUGUAUGUUUGUACCAAACUCUGUGUGUUUCAUGUCAGCAUUAAUCAGUGCUUUAUGCCUCUCUAAGUGCCACUUGGUCGCCCUCAUUUCUGCUUUUUUACAAAGAAAUCUAAUCUCAGGUGAAAAAAGGUAUGUCACAUCCAAAACCUUAAGACUCACCAUGUUUGUUGUUGUUUUUUAAGAGCUGCUGUUUUGUCUAAUUCAGUAUUUUUGAAAUCCCUUUUUCUAUUUUGGUUCUUCCCAAUGUUCCAUGCAGCAUUAUGAAGUUCUUUUUGCGCACACAGAGAAGGCUAUAAAGUAAUAUUCAAUUUGGAGAAGGUUUUUAUGUAAAAGUCCUUUUAAUAAUUCAAGUGGUUCUAAAAAAGGAUUGGUUGGCUGUGUAGCCUCUCUGGAUUACUGAAGGACUUUUUGACCAGGGAGAGUUCAGUUGCAAUAGUUGGACUUACUUGAAAUGUUGGAUUAUCAAUAAAAAAAUGACCUGCUUAAAGUUGUGGCCUAUGAAGUGUAUGUGCAGUCUUUUGAAUGUGAGACAUUGCUGGCCAAUGAUGGGUGACACCUUGUAAGUGAUGCAUUGUGAAAAAGCGCUGUUUGGUUUUGUUCAUAAAUGUAUACUGCAUGUAAUAUUUGUAUUAUGUUUAGCAGUUUUAUUGAAUUGUAAAUAGAGCACUAAUCAAGUAUAACAGACUGUACACUCACACAUAAAGACGUGCAUGUCCAGAAGGUUUUAUACUGUUCAUAAUGGUGAUGAAUGUACAAAUAAAUCUUUGUGAUUGGACAGUGUAACUGAAUAAACUGAAAUGAAAACCUUGA